AUGGCCGAUACCGAUAAGCUGAACUUGGAUAAUAUUAUUGCACGGUUGCUAGAAGUGCGAGGAUCCAAGCCAGGAAAAAAUGUGCAGCUAACAGAGAACGAAAUCAAAGGACUUUGUAUAAAGUCUCGUGAAAUCUUUCUCAGUCAGCCUAUACUGCUAGAGUUGGAAGCUCCACUGAAGAUUUGUGGUGACGUUCACGGGCAGUACUACGAUCUUUUGAGGUUGUUCGAGUAUGGUGGUUUCCCUCCGGAGUCAAACUAUCUCUUUCUAGGAGAUUAUGUCGACAGAGGGAAGCAGUCUCUUGAAACAAUAUGCCUCUUGCUAGCCUACAAAAUCAAAUAUCCGGAGAACUUCUUUCUUUUACGAGGAAAUCACGAGUGCGCCUCGAUUAAUAGGAUAUAUGGUUUCUAUGAUGAAUGCAAGCGCCGAUAUAACAUAAAGUUGUGGAAGACGUUCACGGAGUGUUUCAACUGCCUCCCCGUUGCGGCCAUAAUAGAUGAAAAGAUAUUCUGUUGUCAUGGAGGAUUGUCUCCUGAUUUGCAAUCCAUGGAACAAAUUCGUCGCAUUAUGCGCCCCACGGAUGUCCCAGAUCAAGGUCUUCUAUGUGAUCUGUUAUGGUCAGAUCCCGAUAAGGACGUCACCGGCUGGGGUGAAAAUGAUCGUGGCGUUUCGUUUACCUUCGGGCCAGAAGUCGUGGCAAAGUUCCUUCACAAGCACGACCUUGAUCUCAUUUGUCGAGCUCAUCAGGUUGUUGAGGACGGGUAUGAGUUCUUUGCUAAACGACAACUAGUCACCUUGUUCUCAGCACCGAAUUAUUGUGGAGAGUUUGACAAUGCUGGGUCGAUGAUGACUGUCGAUGAGACAUUGAUGUGCUCUUUCCAGAUCUUGAAACCUGCAGAAAAGAAGAAAUUCCCAUACGGAGGUGUGGGUACGAAUAGACCUGUGACGCCUCCCAGAAAUACUCCAGCAGCACAGCCAAAGAAGGGCAAAAAAUGA